CAAAAGUAAAACGCAACCACGCAACAAAAGGGAGUAUGAAAACAGUCGUAUGUAAUUUGUAUACCAGGCGGGGGGAUUUUAAUCAAGAAAAUGUCAAAGAAUCAGAAAUAAAUUUAUUGUAACUAAUGAGUUCUGGUUACUAAUUAUAAGAAAUGGCAUGCAAAGAGGAAAGGUAUGAAGCACAAAGUGAAUUAGGGAUGAGCAGUAUGAAUCAUUCCAAAUUACAAGGAAAUAAUUUGGAGAUUAAUAGUCCAUCGACGUCGACAACAUUAAAUAUGAGUAAAGACGAAAUAGCAAAGAAGAUUUUGUCACUUAAAUCAUUACUCAAAAAGGAUCCAAAAGCUGCAGAUUUAAAAUGGUCCUUUUUCGUAGCAGCCUGUCAUACUUAUCGUUUUGAUUCCUGCCUUAAACCGUUUCCACCUAUGUACAUAAGAAAUGAAUGCAAGGAUAUUGAAGCUUUGAGAAAAGUAAUAGAAAUGGUUCCUCCUCUGGCUAUAAUAUUUCAAGAACUUCAUGAACCUAAUGUGUACGAUAAUCAUGGUCCAGCCAUUGAUUUAUUACAUUGGGUACUUAUAAAAUUUAAGGACCCACUCAUUAAAAGUGUAAAUAAGGAAUGUUAUGAUUCGGUAUUAAGAAGGGUACCAAUGGAAAUAUCUGCAGCAAUCCCGAAUUUGAUUUUUCAAGUAGCGAGUGCAAAGCAAUCUACUUCGGAAGAAAAGUGGAAAAUAGCUGCUAAAGGACAUUCUACAUUUUAUGCAUUUCAUGGCAGUCGAUUGGAAAAUUUUUAUUCUAUUAUUCACUAUGGCUUACAACAAAAUAUGUGCAAGACUUCCUUAUAUGGAAAGGGAAUAUAUUUAUCAAGUGAAUUGGGAGUCAGUUUAUCAUACAGUCCAGUUGGUUAUGGCUGGGGAGGAAGUGUGCUUGGCAGUGAACUAAGCUGUAUCGCACUUUGUGAACUCAUUAAUCAUCCUGGUAUAAAACGAGGGGAUUCAAGGGAUGAAUCAAGGAAUACUGUACCGGAUACAGUAGGUGGCAAAAUUCCAAAUAAAAGUUACUUGGUCACAAAUAGUGAGUUAGUCAGAAUUCGCUACCUACUCGUAUAUAGUCAAGACUUUCGUGCUUCUAGAGAUUUGGAAAGCAAAGGACUAACAUCAUGGUUUAAGCGACACAAACUGCUAACAUUUAUACUCGGUUAUGUGGUGUUGUUAACUUCAGUUGGACUUACUCAUAACAAACAUGUUGAGAAAUACUAUAGACUCCUUAUUCAAAAAGCAGGAUUUUAAUGAAACGCUUAUGGUCUUUAA